CUGUCUCAGUCAGCAAUAAGCUGUUGAGUGUAGCACUAGCGCACGGCGCGAGUGUACGCCAGAAAAUAUUUAAUCACGUUUUCGUAACGUUACGUUUAUUAGCAAGUAAACCAUGUACAUAGUAGUAAGUAAUGCUGUGAUAUUUCGAAGUAAUUAAUAUUUAUAUUGUUUUGUGUAUAAUACCUAUAGUACAAGUGAUAAUAUAACGAAACAAAAUGGAGUUAAAUUACAUUCAAACAUUAUUUUUGUUUGUUGUUGUUGGACUGGACUAUGUUAUAGCCGAAAGCAAGUGUUGUCCACCAGGACAAGUUCUACUUAUGAGAAAGGAUGUGUGCUGGGAACCAACAGCUAAUGUCACGGAACCAAUACCGUUAAAGUGUAAAGUGACUAUUAGGUUCAUAAAAAAUUAUUAUCUCAAUGAUAAAAACCAACUGAAACUACAUCUAGGAGAGGAUUUCGAUGAUGAAACAGUCGACACUAACUCGUACUGUUUAGGAAACCAUACAACGAUAAGAGAUGUUAAUCUGACUAACACCAAGGCGGUGGCCAUAGUUUGCGCUGAUGAAGAAGAGGAGAUCAUUGAUGACAGGAUUCUCGGCUAUACUAUGAUAAUCUCCGUUAUAUUCCUGGUGAUGACCAUAUUUGUUUAUAGCUUUCUACCUGAACUUAGAGAUGUUCAAGGGAAAAGUAUAAUAAACUUCUGCAUUAGUCUCGCUAUUGGCCUAGGAAUACUAGUCAUUAUGAAACUUAUGACUUAUUAUGAUAUGGGCUGGUGUGCAACUCGAGGAUUUCUAGCUUACUUCUUUCUAAUAGCUGCAUUUUUCUGGUCGAAUGCGAUAUCAAUACAGGUGCUGAUAAACACAAGACGACCUGCGAUAUCAAUGGACCAUGGCUGGAGGCACUUUAAGUUUUAUAUGUUAUAUGCAUGGGGCUGCCCAAUAGUCCUAACAAUAUGCAUGGCAAUCGUCAAUUUUUAUCCGGGUAAACAUCAGAAACCGGGAAUCGGUCUGAAUCACUGCUGGUUUUUUAAUAAGCAUCAACAAUGGUACUACAUGUAUAGCAUCAUGUUCCUACUCUUGGUCAUCAACUUCUGUAUCUUCAUCUACACAUCGAUUCUAAUAUGGCGGAUACCUGUCUCAUCCAGUCUUAAAAGAGCGGUGAAAUACAAGCUCGGGAUGACCGUGCAACUUAUCGUACUGAUGGGUCUCCCUUGGGUUUUCGAAAUGAUAAGCUCAUUAGCACCGAAGCACAUCAUUUGGACCAUAAUGGACAUCAUCAACACUCUACAAGGAAUAUUAAUAUUUUUGCUGCUAGUUGUAUUCCGCAAACGAGUAAUCAAAGUGAUGUACAAACAUGGCUGGCUCGACUGUAUAUCAAACUACGUUGAGAAGUACCUGGCGACGAAAGAUGAUGAGGAAAACGUAGUCCAACACACAGACGUCCCUAUGAAUGACAGAACAGUCCUUUAAAAUCCUUUAGUGUGCAAUCGACAAAAAUAAAAAACUGCGUUUAAAUAAAAAAAAACACAAACGAAAAGUAAAAAAUAAAAAGCAAAAAGUAACUAUUAUUGGUCAUACGUACUUAUAGCUUACACACCCAUUGGUAGGUGAGAAGUCGAUAAUGCACCAUAUAAUGCACCUAUGAGGGUGCAAAGUUUUCAUCAAUACAAAUUAUUCAAGCUCAAACACCACACCAGGAUGCUUACUCUUGAAACCAAUGUCAAUG